AUGGCAAGGAUGGUGAACCAGUGCACAGUCGCUGCCCGGCUUGUCCGACUCAUGCUCGGGCUUGCUGUGAUAAGGUCGACACUUGCAUUAGAUGUCUUUGUUGCUACAGAUGGCUCAGACGCCAACAGCGGGACUCAGACAACACCUUUUGCCACCGUGGAGCGGGCCCUGCUAUUGCCGCAUGGCUGUCACCCGCACAACCGAAACCGGGUCUUUUUUCUGCAUGUUGACAUACCAUUGAUGCGCGUAGGCAGCUAUCCAUCAAAACGCCACUGCUGGCACCAAUACCAUCAACCUCGAGAGCGGUACCUACUACCUGCCAACCCGGGAGUCAAACAAACAAUCAAUAUCAACUUGAACCGUUGGUUUGACCAGCAGCAGAUGGUGAUUCAAUCAGCCACACCCCAUGACCCCGCGGUGAGUUCUGCUCGGAAUGAUCGCAAAACAGACCCCCUUCUGAUCUCCAAUGCAAAGUGCUAG